GUUGUGGCGCUAUCGCGGGUGUAAUGUAUUUAGUACAUCGUGAGUUUGUGUAUGGAAUUUUCAUGUAACUGAAAUCUUUAAAUGAGUAACAAGUCUUUUUAACGCAAUUGUAUGUUAUUUAGUCCCACUGUGGCGUGUGCAAAAACAGUAAACAGUCUGAGUGUUUAUAAUGAGAUUGAGGUUAUAGCAAGUAAACAUGGAAUUGCCAGACGAUACAGUGUACUGCAAGUCAUUAUGGACCUUGUUAUCUGGUUCUAUUUAUGACAUUUCUAGUGAUGCUGUUGAUGAUGAGCUUGAUAAAGCCCAGCCUCUUUUAAAAAAUGGGUUGAAUUACUAUAAGAGGGCAAAAGAACCAUCUGAUGAUCUCCUAAAAUCAAAACUUUCUGCUCCAGUCUUUAAGUUUGUUACCACAUUAGGAAGUUUUCUGGAUCUUGAUGCUGUGAAAGCAUGGAAUCUGUUGUCGAUUUAUUUACUUCAUGAGUUCCAUGGGUCUGUGACUGGGUUGCAACAGUUUGUUGAAAAUGAUGAUCUUACUGAGAACUUAAUAUAUGAUAUUUGGACAUUUUACAGAAGUGAAAGAAUAUUUUUGUUGAAAUGUAUUAACUAUAUUCUUAUCCAUCACGAUGAUGAUAAACAUCCAUUUAAGAACAAUUUCAGCCGUAUUAUUACAUCUUUUGAAGACCUCUACAGAUCUUUAAUUGAUCAGCUAACUGUUCUGACAAAUGAAGAUGGCCCUACAACAAAAAAGUAUGGUCCCCUUAUGGUUGAGAGGUAUAAAAGGAUGUGGGUUUAUUCAAACCUCAGAGAGCAGAUUGAAGUUCUUCAUAAUUUAAUAUUGGUUACUGAUGUAUUGGAAACUCGCAAUGCAGAAGAUUUUGCAGGAAUCCUGAGACUGUGCUCUGAAAAUGGAUUUGGAGAGCAAAAAGAAGCUUGGAAACUCCUCACUGAUGUCCCAGAUGAACCUUGCAAAAUUAUUGGCUUCUUACAGAAUGUACUUCUCUUACGUACUUUCAACUACGAAUCAGCUUGUAACAAGAAACUUUAUGAAAACACAAAUGUGUUUUGCUUAAUAGAAGACCAGGUUACAUCUCUGGGACAUGCUGAAGAACAGUCUCCAGUGAUGCUAGUUUGGGGACUCGUAAAUGCACUUUGUAAUCCAGAUGUGCAUUUGUUAGAAUCGUACCAGCUACUUUCUGAGCUAGCUGUAAGAUUAGGUGUAUUUCAGUACUUGAAAAAAUGCAUUGAAAGUGAAAUAUUUCAGGAUGUUACCAAACUAUCAGCAGUUGCAUACCGAACUGUAUAUUUACUUCUGCUGGUCAUUGCAAAUAAUUUUGAUGAAAAUACAAUAUGCUGCAUGAAGGGAUUGAGUGAUCUCAUUGGCUCGGUGCUAGAUCAUCCAACAAUAGUUGAUACUUAUUGGAAAACAAGAAAAAAUCAUGGCCUGAGGCUUUUAUGUGAGCUUCUUGCUCUCAAAUUUCCCAUCGGACAAUUCUUACCAUUUGCUAGAGUUGUUCAGGCAUUAUCUUCUGAUAGUGCAGACAGUGCUCGGAAGAUACAUUCAGAGUUAGUGAGGAUGGAACGGUUUGGCGAUAUUGUAAGUGAAGAAGAUAUGAACAGGAAUAUUUGUCAAGAAUCAUCGGACACUUGGAGACUUCAGGGCACUAGAAAGCCAAUGAAAUUCUCAAAUUUUCUUCUUCAAAACACUCGAGGUACAUUCAUUGCACCUCCGUUGAUCAGCUGGCAUGUUGAGAAUUUCAGUUUUUAUGAAGCUGUUUAUAAUGAGCAAAAGGCCCUGGUUGAAGAGAAGUUAUCAAGUGAUGAUGGUGACCUGUCAAGUGCUGAAGAGAAUGUGCUAACAGGACUUCAUAUAAUCAACAACAUGCUUCUAGCUAAAGUGGAUUUAUGUCCCGAACUUACAAAUGCUGUCAACUACACUGUCACAAUGAUUACUAGAUUCAAAAGAAUUAAGCGAGCUUCAGCUAAGGUAUUCAGCUCAUGCUUAGACAUAAUGACCACACUUGCGUCACAAGACCGAAUGAAAGUUUAUACAGUUCUGAAACAGCUACAGAUAUUUCCAACAUUAGAGAAUGCCCCAUUAAAUCUUACACUCAUAUCGGGCAAUUAUCUGUAUGUCAGAACCAUUGGUGACUGGCUUUAUAAUGAAGAAUGCCCAAGUGGCACUUACGCAUUAUUGAAAUCUUAUUUAAAUUUCUUGUAUAAGAUUAUCAAGCCUAACACAACUGUUACAUCAGAAGAAAAGACAUAUGCCUACAGUGAAUUGGUUUUACCAGGACUUAUUUUCAUUUUGAAUGAAGUAUUCCCUCGAUAUCAAACAUGGAAUUAUGUGUCUGAUUGUGAUCAGCUGUCCAUUGGAGUUACAUGCAUGAAAGUAUUCCAUGAGUUGCUUUUGGUGGGAGAGGUAACAAAUGGCCCAGAAACCACUUACCUUCAUUUGUUUAGAAAGCUUAUCCUGCAUAGUGUUCUACACACACCAAGUGGAUUUGCACUCCUAAAGAUUGUCGCCACAGGUGAUCCAGCAAUACAAGGAAAAGUGGAGCAUCAGUAUCAUUGGGACAUCCACAAACCUACAAAUGCCAUCUACAUAGUUCAACUGUCAUUGUCUUUGCUCAACCGAGUAAUGUUAUUGAAACAUCUUGUUCAGGAUGAACCACUUACAUCACAGUUGGAAAUGGAGAUCUAUAAUAGCCCCUUAAAGGAGACCAGUUUGAAAGUAAUUCAGAACUUAACAGGAUACAUCUACCACUGUUUCAACCCAAGUAUACCAAUAUUAGCUGUAAAACUUUUGAAGAGAUUUGCCAUGGAAUCUCCAAGAAAUCUUUUCCCUUGUAUGGCAAAGGAGGGUGAUAUUGUGAGAGAGAUGUUUGUGAGACAUUUGGAAUCACACAUUGUUAGUGAUUCACUUAAAGAAGCACUUUUAGAGUUGGUGAUAGCUUGUUGUGAUACUCAGCCUGGAAUAACUGAGUCUCUUUUCCAUGUCUAUGCAUCUCCAGAUAUCACAACAUUUGGCAAAAAAGCUAAGAAUGAUACCAAACCAUCUGGAGGAAUUUUAGUUUUUGUUUGUUCAGUUCUUUCCAGACUGAAAGAGGAGCCAUUGCUAAUCAAUUCAGGUCUUUAUAAUGUUGUUGUUGAUUUGAUUUGUACCAUAUGGCUGGGAGAGAUGGUCUCUGUUAUAGAUCACCUUAGAUCGAAAGAAAACUUUUGGGCCAAUUUUUGUUGUCCUUUGUUUUGUGAUCCAGGAGAAUACUCCAAAGCAUAUCCAAAGAUUUUUAAUGUUUUAACCGUUGAAUUAUAUCGCUUCAAAGGACAAAACUGCAGUGAGGUUACAAAAUCACUGAAAUCAUUUUUUAAGGAGGAUGCUUCCUACUUAGAAAAUUGGUCAUUGUGUAUAUCAUCUUUGCUUGUGGAGAGCCUAGAACCAAAAUGGAACAUUGGUUUGAAUAAAGCAAUAUUUGGAAUAGCUGCUGAGAAACACCAUAAUGUUGGCAACAUCGAAGAGUGUGAAGAACAUGGAUUACGAAGUGCAAGUGAUGCCCAACCAGGCUCUUCAGCAGUCAACAAAACAGUUUCUCCUGGCAAAAGAAAGCCUGAGGACACCACAUCAACUAGUGGAAUCACUCCUGGAGCAGAAAGAAGUGGGAAAAGAGCAAUGACAGAUAACGCUGACAACUCACAAAGUAGUAAAAGUAAAUUAGUGCCACAGACUCGUAGAAAGGCUAUUGAAAACAAUAUUUAUAAAAAGAAGCAAACAGGAGUUAGUUUGGAUAUGGAUGAAAAGAUAAAGCUCCUCACAUCAUGGAAGCAAUUUCUUGCCAUGGUUCUAAAACAUGCAGAAAUAUCAAUGUCUGCAUAUCAGAAGGAGUUAUUGUCACAUGAUUUAAUGAGUGUUUUACAACUGGAGGUGGGAAAUGAUGAUGCACGGCUGUUUACUAUUUUGGCGGAAGCGUAUCUGCUUGUAGUUAAUGAGUGGCAUUGCACAUGCCACUGCAAUAAAGAACUUACAAAAGUGCAGUUAAUGAAUCUGCUUCAGUACCUAGUUGUUUCAUAUUCAGUCAUGACACAAAAUGUACGAGAACUUAUAUUGACAUUGUGCAUCCAGUUGUAUGGAAGGUGUAGUAAGCAACUCCAAGAAGAUGACUUUGCAUCUGAAAGUACAUUAUAUGCAAUAUCUUCUAUUGUGACUUUUGAAAUGACAAGCUUGGAGAAGCCUGUUAUUAAAGAAGCAAUGACAGAAGAAGGGAAACAUGGUUCAAAGGAAAUCGAAAAUUGGCUUAAUACCUCAGAAGUAGCAUCAUCUAAAGAAACUGAAAAAGCUGGAAGCUGCAUUCUUUCAUUAUGUCUUCUUCGCAAAUUUUUGAUGCAAUUUCAGGGAAGACAAAUCUGGCUUAAUAAUUACAGAUGUUCAAGUUUAAUCCCAACACUGCUUCAGACAUAUGGAAGAAUUCUGUCUCACAUACGUGAAAUAGGCAUGGUUGCUCGUCAUUUUAAUAUUGCAGUUUCAUUAAUCGAUGUGUUGCUGUUGCUGCUGAAUAAAAAUUUCUCUGGUGCUCUUCUGCACAUGGAUAUGAAGUCGGCCAUGUGGCUCGAGCUGUUACCACCAAGAAAGCUGGACAGUGAUUUCUGGGCGGAAACACCUUGGACGUUGGUCUACGGGCCAUCUUUAGAUGUUCUCACAUGGAUGCUGACAUCACAAGGUCAUCAUUUCCUGGAAGAUGCCAUAUCAUUUGCAGCAAUUCAUGAAGAGUACCUUACAAGUGCAAUUCUUACUGUCAGGCAUACAUUAAAACAGGAUGUCCUGCGCUUAGCAAUCAAAGUUCUAAAUUUUAUAAGAGUGCUGUCAAAUUACCAUGAGAACUGGAUGUUCUCACAUUCACAUUCUCAUAAAUACAUUAUAGAUGGAGUAAAAGCCUGUUUCUACUAUACUGGUGCCCUCUUGAUACAUCCUUCUCUUCUUAAAAUGCUUGUGAAACAGCCACGGUCAAAACCAGUCACCAAAAUUACUUCUUUAACAGGCGAUGAAACUGAAUCAGCUCCAGAGAUAGUAGAAGUUCAGAACAGGUUACUGGAAGUGGCAGUCAUGUGCUUGGUGAUUUUAAGACCAUUUGGACCAGGAUUGCUACCAUUACUAAAUGGAAAAAUGGAAGAAUAUGUUGACUGGCAGCCUAUUGUUGAUACUAUUUUCAGCACACCAAUGUUAGAUGAAGAUUCUCCAAUUCCAAAUUUGACAUUUGGAGCUUUGAUUACAAUGAUAAACAUUUGCACACAGGCACUGUCAAAGGGUAGUCGAACAGGACAGUCCACUCCAAGCACAUCUGUGCGGUAUAGCACAGUAUCAUCUGGUCUGAGUACAGUGUGGGUGUCAACACUUAAUAAACAAAAGUGCACUGUGCUAUUGGAGUUAUGCCUUGAACUUGUUAUCACUCAGGGGCUCCUUCAUUCAGCAGAGCUCCCACAGAUUAAGAGAGAGAUGUUCCACAGAAACUUGAGCAUGGAAAUGACGCUUUUUCUGGAUUACACUAAACGAUUUGCAAGGGAAACUUCUGUUAGUAAGUCUGACACUACAGGUAAUGUGGAAUCUGUUCCUAGAAGUCUUGCUCGAGGUUUUGAUGUUGAUCAAAUUGCAGCAGCAAUGGUUCCUCUGAAGCGUAGUCUUAGUGAUCCAAAUAGGACCUUACGUCGAUCUUUAAAUGCAGAGAGUCCAAAGACUAAAGAGGAGGAAAGUGUGCAAAAGAACUUACCUCACAAUUUUCCUGGCAGAAAUAUUGGAUCACCAUUAAAGUCACCAGGAUCACCAUCACCAUUUCGCAGAGUUUUGACAGACACACCAUAUUUUCGUCAAGAUCGUGACCAUGCACAAUUGCCAUCAGAUGGAGAUCGUACCUUUCUGCAGUGCAACGAACAACAGUCCACAAAUGUUCCAGUUAUGUCUACUCCAGGAAAGUCACUAAGCACUGAGUUACAAAAAAUGUUUGAAAAGUUGAUAAAACCACAGACUGCAAAAGUUAUUAAGGAGUCUCAGUUGCCGACUCUCUAUGAAGACAUUUCUCCUACUCGUGCAAGAACACAGCUGAUUAAUUUUAAAGAAUGUUCAAGUGAGAAUUAUUGUCAGUUGAUGGCAUAUAUUAUUAACAGCAUUUUUAGUUAAACUGUUGUGAAGCACAUUUUUGUGAAUGUUGGAAAACAUAGGUGAGUGAAUUUCUUGUCCAUUUGUCCCAGUCUUCUGUGUGUGAUGUAUUACUGACUGUCAUUAUUUGAAAGUGAUACCAGUACUGAACUGAAUUUGUACUGCUACACCCAAGAGAAUGAUAAAUGUCUGCCUGUAAUGUGAUUUUAUUGAAAACAUUUUGUACAAAAAAAAAAACAUUUUUUAUAAAAUAAAAAAGAUUUGGUUUA